AUGAGCGCGAACAAAGGACGGCGUAACUAUCGAUCAAAGGCGGACAACUCCGAUGAGGAAUUCUUGUACGAACCGGAAAGCCUUUAUGAGCAGGGCUCCAAAGAAGUUAUUUGUGGCCCGGCCGUUGCAGUGUCCUCGAGUUGUGGCACAAUGAAGAAAACCAGGAGUGUUCUGAGCUUCGAAGACGAUUUGGAUCCAGACGAUGGUGCUAUGUUCAAGGUUAAAAAGACUAACUUAAGUCGCCGGGUCGGUAAGCAAGAUAAAGAGCAGCAUAAGAAAAAGAAGCCUAUCGACGACGACAUGCCUAAACUCGUUAGUAAAAAGGAGCCGAUCAAAACACCUGUUUCACAGGAGGAUCCUGUGGAGUCAGAGAGAAAACUGGAGUGUUUGCGUCGGCAGCUGCUUGACCUUGCUGAGGACGACGGUCCAUCCACCACCUUACCUAAACCUGAAACACCUGGAAUUUCAUCCCUAGUAAAAAGCAAGUUCGUCUACUUCAUAUCUCAAAUGUUUCAUACCAGAAGGCUCAAUUCCAGACGCAGCCACUAUCCAUCAAGCCAGAAAGCAGCAGAAGAAGAUGAUGAUGACGAAGAUGAUUUCGAUGAUGCAGGUCCAUCGUCCGCCUAUGCAACAGCCGGCAGUGAACGCAGACCUGCAUUUGUUGUUAGUGAUGAGCGCGAUACCGUGAUCAAACGUCCCCUGAUUAGUAGCCGCUUGAAUCGUCGUGAGGCGGAAUUGGACUCGAUACGGCGCAAUUUUCUGGCCGCUGAACAUGCCAGUGAUCGUGACAGCGAUGAAGAUACGGAAUGGGAAAAACAACAAAUCCAAAAGGCGUUAAUUACGCAAAACCCGGCUGCUUUGGAGGCUGUUGAACCCUUAGAACGUAGAGAAGAUUCCAGAGACGGUUCAAAGUCUGGUCCUCUAUUCGCCGGGCUUGAUGCUAACAGUCUCACAGUAGCCAAUCUCAAGAGCAUUUUUCAAGAGAGAUUCCACACGCUUUCCACUUCACUAUCCACUCAUCAAGCAGCGCUAGAAGCUGCACGCACCGAUUUGGAUCGUGGGAAGAAAGUGAUGACAGACUGCCGUGACAAGUUACCGCAAUUGGCCCGGAAGUUUGCCUUUGUCAAGGAGAUGAAGGACUAUAUUGAUGACUUAGUUGAGUGUUUCAAUGAAAAGAUGUCUAAAAUUGAAUAUAUGGAGCGUCGUACGAUCAUCCUUUAUCGUGAACGAUAUAAUAAACUGACUGAGCGUCGUCGCUUGGACAUGAAGGAUUUAGCCGACUUGGCAACACAACCAGCUACCAGCUCGGUUCAGUCAGCUGUCAAGGCACCCGAAGAAACUAAGCAAUUCGAGGCACGUCGGAGACGAGCUGCCGAACGCGAGGCUAGACGUAUCCGACGGCAGCGUGCUCGUGAUCUAGCCGCCCAGGCGUCUAACCAACAUCCAGCAGUUUCACAUGUCGAUGGCACAAGUACGGAUGACGAGGAGCCACAGGCUGUGAUUGCUAAAAGAAAAGCGGAUAUAGACGCGCUGCUAGUUGAUGCCACUGCCCUGUUUGAAGAUGUUGUUGAGGAGUUCUGUGAUCUUCCACUCAUUUUAAGCCGAUUCUCUCGUUGGCAUAGUGAUUUCCCUGAAUCCUAUGCCGAAGCUUAUGCCUCACUAUGCUUACCUCAGUUGUUUGCCCCAAUCAUCCGUCUACAACUAAUCGGCUGGAAUCCAAUCGCACAAACCUGUGAUCCGUUGGAAGCAAUGUCCUGGUUCAGUGAUCUGUUGGACUUUAGCUGUCUUCCUAUAGACGGAGUGAAGUUGGAACCAAGGGCAAAAGAGGGUGGAGAUGCGUGCACAUUAAAUCCUGACCUAAAGGUCUUGCCUCUCACCGUAGAAAAAGUAUUAUUAGAACGGCUGAAUGAAUUGGUGGAGGCAGCUUGGGAUCCGCUAUCUCGACGUGAAUCGGAACGCCUUGUAGCCCUCAUGAAAGACUUAACUACAAACUACCCCAGUGUGCGCGUAGGAAGUCGACCAACAGAACAGCUGUUUACCACAAUCGUGAAGCGCUUGGAAGUAACUGUCCAGGAAGACAUAUUCAUUCCGUUGUAUUCAAGACACGUUAUGCAGUCCAGACAAAGUGCUGCGUUUCAGUUCUUCGAGCGCCAGCUUCGAAUUGGAAUCAAGAUGCUCAAGAACAUCCUUUUGUGGCAUGGAUUGAUCAGUACCGAAGCACUUCAGCAUGUCAGCCUGACAUGCUUGGUUAACCGUUAUCUUCUUGUUGGUCUUGCCAGCCUGAUGUGUGCUGCAACACUUACCACCACGUCUACCGAGGAAAAGAAUUCAGCUCCCUUUUCCCUGUUAAAUAAUUUCAACCCUCUCCAAACGGCUACGUUGACUUUCCAAGAUUGCGUGGAUCGUUUAACUGAGAUUGUUGAGGCACUUCCAAAGGAGUGGAUAAGUGCAUCAAGCCUUCCACAGCACACUGAUAACAAAAUCGAUAUUCAUACACCGGAAGAAACUCAGAGAAACGAUAAGUCCUCUCCGGGUGCGCUUUCGCAGCUGAGACGUUUUGUCUCCCAGCUGAUGGAACACUCCUUCCUGUCACCUGAUGGCAGUCGACAAGGAACCUCCCAGCUUGAACGGGAAUGGAUCAAUACCCUUACACAUAUCCGGGACUCUCUGGUCUAGUUCUGAUCUGACACUGCUGUCUGCAUUAUUUUCCGGUUUCGCUGUGUGUGUAAUACAACUGUAAAUUUUCCCUAUUACGCAAAGCUUCUAACAU